CACGUUCGCUCGAUAAUAAGAACGCGUAAUCGUCUUCUUCUGUUUCCCCGCUACACGACGCCACAGUCGAGAGCUAUCGCAUCGCACUGAACAACGCAUAAUACAGUACAUUAAUAUUCUUAGUAUGUCAUAUACGCGGAUGUAACAAGAUGUCAAAGCUCGUAAUUGGGAAACUAGCAUUUGUUACCGGUGCUGGAAGCGGCAUUGGAAGAGAAGUAUGUCGCGUUUUAGCUCGAGAAGGCGCCCAAGUGAUCGCGACCGAUCAAAAUAUCAAAUCGGCUCAGGAGACUGUAGCUACUUUGGAAGGUAACAGACAUGUCGCAUUGAAAGUGCAAGUCACCGACCGAGAGAACGUGGAAACAGCGUUCAAAGAUGUCACGAAACAGUUCUCGAAGCCACCUACAGUCGUUGUUAAUGCAGCGGGUAUCCUGCGCGAUAACUUUUUGGUGAAACUCAGCGACAGCGACUUCGAUGAUGCGAUCAAUGUCAAUCUGAAAGGCACUUUUCUUAUCAUGCAAACUGCUGUCAGGGCGAUGAUAGAGGCGGACGUGACUAAAAAUUCCUCUAUCAUCAAUAUAAGCUCCAUUAUCGGCAAGCAGGGGAACAUUGGACAGGCUAAUUACAGCGCGUCGAAGGCUGGAGUGAUAGCCAUGACAAAGUGCGCUUCUCUGGAGCUUGGACAGUUUGGAAUUCGGGUGAAUGCAGUGUUGCCUGGCGUUAUAGACACUGCUAUGACUGCAAAUGUACCGGAUAAAGUCAAGGCAAUGUUUAAGAAAAGAGUACCGUUACAGAGAAUUGGAAAGCCACAAGAGGUAGCAGAAGUUAUUACAUUUCUGGCUUCCGACAGGAGUUCUUAUGUGAAUGGCACGUCCGUCGAAGUUACUGGAGGAUUGCAUUAAUUCUUGUUAUUUUUUGUUUUAUAUAUAUAUGUGCCAAAUGGUGAUAUUCUUUUAACCAUAUAUUUUUGAGAAACUGUACAAACGAGUGAAUCGACAUUUUUUAUUAUAGAUCGAAAAUUAAAUAAUGUACUUCUUGC